AUGUCAUACAUACGACAAUCUGAGCCUGAAAAUGAAGAAGACUCUUCGAGCUUAUCAUCAAGUUCAUCUUCUGGCCUGAUUGUGUUAUCAGACAGAGUCGUCAAUGCUGAGGAAAUUAAGAGUCAAAGCUUGGAGUCACGCAUACCCUUAUCCACAUCAAUUGUCUUAGAUAAACUUCCUACAAAGCAGCAAGAGCAGGUAGAAAAAACACUUGAGGAGCAUGAACAGAAGCACUACUCAAAUGCAGAUCAGACACAAGAUCCUGUUCCAGAACAGACUACCAAGGUAAGCGUACGAUUUCAACCAAUCGGAUCAACAAUUGCAGUCAAUCCCAAAGUAUUCAAGAUAUCAUCCACACAAACAAUUGCUACUUUGAACAGAUUCUUAUGCAAAAAGCUAAGGCAGACCCAUCUUUGCUUAUAUAUUCAAAGUUCUUUCCUGCCUGCACCAGAAGAGAUAAUUGGUAAUUUGUACGACUUAUUCAAAACAAAGGAUGAACUAAUAGUAAGUUAUUGUAAUUCGGUUGCCUUUGGAUGA